CGAAGAUCGCAGACCAACCGAUGAUGCAACACUGCGGCCCACAGACCAAUUGAGACGGAACAAACACUUGGGAAGAGCAGACCUGAACUGCCGGAACUACCUUGCUGGGAUACUGCCUUAUUUUUUUUUAAAAAAAAGAAAGAAACUAACCUUGUUUUCUUUAUCUUUUUAUUUUCUUUCCUUCAGAGCUUUUUUCCCCCUCCAGACUUGGCAUGCCAGAUCCGGCGGCCAGGAACCGGAAGAGUCUGAAGAAGCGAGUCGACAAGAGAGCCGCCGCCGCCGCCUCCCGAGACAUGUCGAAACUCUCGCCGUCGCUCAAAGCGCUCAUCAACGCGCCGUUCGCACGGCCCGGCCAGGCGCCCGCGCCACGACACAUUCGCGAUGUGUACACGCGCAUCGCGCACGAGGCUCGCGAGCGCAGGUACGGCGAGCGGCCGUGGGUGACUCUCUCCGCGGCAGCAACGUUCACGCUCAACUCGCCGGCCUCGCUGCUGGUCCUGCACGAGCUGGCGCCGGGCCUGAGCGGCGGGGUGCUCUCGCCGCUGGCGGCGGCCGAGCUGAUCCGCGAGGUCGGGCUCAAGUGCAUCUCGUUCAACGGCAUCCCGCGCACCAUCAACUGCCUGGGCGCCUUCAGGGCCGGCGUCGCGCACCACCCCUGGGCCGCCGACCUGGCCGCGCGGGCGCCCUCGCGCGAGGUCACCCCGGCCGCCCUCCCGGCCGUCGACGCCCGCGGCCGCGCCCUCUGGCACAGCGUCUACACCCCCUUCGACGACAAGCUCGUCGCCAAGCUCGCCGACAGCCACCCGGACCUGCCCGUGCACAUCCUCGGCAGCCACUACGGCCCGCUCCUCUCCGACCCGCCCCGGCCGCGAUCAGGGACCGCGCCCGCGUCGUCCCCGUCGUCCCCGUCGUCCCCGUCGUCCCCGUCGUCCCUGCCGCCGCCGGCGGAGGCGACGGUCGGACGGAACCUGACGAGCGUGGUGGCGGUGGCGUGCCUGCGGGCGCAGACGGGCGUGGGGCCGCAGGUGCUCUCGCACGUCUUCGGCCUGCGCAAGGGCGUCGAGCAGGGCGCGCACCGGGACGAGGCCGCCGCGGCGCUGGGGCCCGAGCGCGGGCCCGCCGAGGCCGACGGCCUCGAACGGCUCGCCUCGGACGAAGGCUGCGAGUGGCUGCUGCGGAGCGUCGACGCCAUCGCCGAGGCGGUCGGGCCCAGCUUCGCGCGCUGGGACGGCGAGGGCCAGGGCGAGGGCAAGAGCCAGGGCCAGGGCAAGAGCGAGAACGGGAGCGAGAGUGAGGGCGAGGGCGGGAAGGAAAAGGCCAAGUUAUAGGCUGAAUCUCAUUUUUUUUUCUCCCUCUUUUUUUUUCAUCCCCGGUCUCACUUCGCUUUUGCUUUUUCGCUUUUGUUUUUUAUAUAUACCUAGAG